AUGACACCCGAUCGGCGCGACAAAUAUAGCCCGGUGGCCCCGGGCGGCCCCGGCUGGCCCCGGGCGGCCCCGGCUGGCCCCGGGUGGCCCGGAGGUGGCCCGGGGGUGGCCCGGAGGUGGCCCGGGGGUGGCACUAGGGGUGGCUCGGGGGGUGGCCCCGGGUGGACCCUGGUGGCACUGAGGGUGGCCCGGGAAUGGCCCGGGAGUGGCACGAGGGGUGGCCCGGAGGUGGCCGCGGGUGGCCCCGCGGUGGCACUGGGGGUGGCCCUGGGGGUGGCCCUGGGGGUGGCCUUGGAGUGGCACAGGGGGUGGCACCGGGCAUGGCACUGGAGGUGGCCCCGGGUGGCCCCUGGUGGCUCGGGAGUGGCUCUGGAGGUGGCACUGGGGUGGCUUGGAGAUGGCCCGGGGGUGGCCCCUGGUGGCCCUGGAGGUGGCCCCGUGGUGGCUUGGAGGUGGCACUGGGGGUGGCCCGGGGGGUGGCUCCUGGUGGCACUACGGGUGGCCCCGUGGUGGGACUGGGGGUGGCCCGGGGGUGGCCCCGGAGGUGGCCCUGUGGUGGCACUAGUGGCGGCCCUGGAGGUGGCUCGGGGGUGGCCCCGUGGUGGCCCAGAGGUGGCCCGGGAGUGGCCCUGGAGGUGUCCCCAUGGUGGCCCUCGGGGUGGCCUUGGGGUGGCCCCGUGGUGGCCCUGGCGGUGGCCCCGGAGGUGGCCCUGGGGUGGCACUGGGGUGGCCCUGGGGUGGCACUGCCAGGGGGGCAGGGACAGCUCCGUGGGGGCUGUCCCUGCCAGGAGCCACCCCGGGAACGGUGACAAUGACGGUGACAGUGGCGGUGACAGUGGCGGUGGCACUGACAGUGACACUGACUGUGACACUGACAGUGGCUCCACUGUGGGGCAGCGGGGCCCUCCCGGGGUCACCGCGGCCCUGCUGCGACCUCGGGGGCGGCGGGGCCCGCCCGGGACCCUCCGGGACCCUCCGGGACCUUCCAGAACCUUCCGGGACCCUCCGGGACCCCCGGGAGCCCAAGCCCCGCCCCUUCACCGAGACCACGCCCCCUCACCGAACACCUUCACUGAGGCCCCGCCCCUUCGCUGAGGCCCCGCCCAAAACUCCGCCCCGUCGCCCUCAGCCGCCGUGCCUUG